UGAAGAAGGUAAGAAGAGUUAGAGAAAGAUAGAAAGGAUGCUGGAGAUGAUCAAGAAGAAGGAAACAUCACACUGGUGGUGGUUUGACAGUCACAAGAGCUCCAACCGUUCUCCAUGGCUCCAAACCACUAUUGCUGAGCUAGAUGAGAAGACAAAGGCAAUGCUGAAAUUGAUUGAAGAAGAUGCAGAUUCCUUUGCCAAACGUGCAGAAAUGUUUUACAAGAAACGGCCAGAGUUAAUUAGCAUGGUUGAAGAUUUUUAUCGGGCCCAUCGGUCAUUAGCAGAGCGGUAUGAUCAAGUGAAGUCUGAAACUGGAACUCGUGUCCUAGCAACAUUUGGAUCUCCAUUCUCUUCAGUCAAGCACAAAUCAGAGAAAUUAUCAAGUGUAAUGGGUCAAACCUACUAUAGCUACUCAGAGACUUCCGAUGCAGAGGACUAUGCUGAAUCUGAAGUUGACAAUCCUGAACAGGAGGCUGAAAUUGAAAUUGAAAAUGAAAUUGAAGAAGUUGAGGAUCCUGAAGUGGAAAAUGACACCCAAGUUGAUAUAGAAAUAAAAGAAGAUGAAGAUUCUGAACAGGAAGAGGAAAUUCAAGUUGUUAAAGAAUUGAAAAAAGAUGUUGUUUCAAGUGAGUUCUGUAAUGAUGAAAUCAAGGUGUUGAGGGAAGAAAUUCAGAGACUUAAAGAGGAGAACAAGAUACAGGAGGAUCAACUAAUGCAGAAGGAUGAAGAGAAGAGAGAAGUGAUUAGACAGCUGAGCAUGACUGUGGGAGUGCUCAAGGAAGAAAAUAUGAAGCUGAGAAAGUAUAUAGCUAGAGACUCCAAGAAAAGCAGCCCCUUUGAGUUCAAGAAAUUGAAGGAUGGAUUUCUAGGAAAGUUAUUUAGUGGGUCUUCAAAGUCUCAGGGUAGUGUUUUGCCUCUCUAGAAUCUCUAGAUAUGGGUUGGAAUUGGAUGCUGGGAAGUAGCCUAAUCUGUAGCACAGUGUUUAUAUAGAAUAUAGCAUGUAAAUGGCUGGAUAUUUUAGCUCAACUUAACAAAGUUAGAUGUAGUGUUACAUUUUGGUAGUUCCAUUGUUUUUGGUUUACGUUGAAGAUGUGUCAUCAUAUUGUAAUA